AUGAUAGAUGUAAUGCUGGUUUGUGACAAAUGUGUUGAUGGCUUCCAUCAUCACUGCAUGAUUAUUGAAUCUCUGAUAAAUGGGGUGGAUUUAUCUGAAGAGGAGGCAAAAGCUUCUCUUGAUUUUUUACUGAGUGAAGCUAAUGAAGUUUUGAUCAGUGCUUUUCUUAUUCUUUUGAGAGCCAAAGGAGAGUCAUUCGAAGAAUUUGUGGGAUUGGCAAGGGCAAUGUUCAAAUGUUGUAGGAAGGUUGAAGGAAUGACUGAUGUGGUUGAUAUUGUUGGAACAAGAGGUGAUGGGACAAACACGAUUAACAUAUCAACAGGGGCUUGUAUUCUAGCUGCUGCCUCUGGUGCAAAAAUUGCCAAGCAAGGAAACAGAUCCAGUUCUCCUGGAUGUGUAGGAUUCCUCUAUGGGUGUCUAUCUUUAUUUGAAUAUGAACAAGAAGCUUUGUUGCAGAUGUAUGAGAUGCCUUUAGCAAGUGAAACAGGAGUACUACCUGGUGAAGAACAAGCUUGAAUCUUUAUUCGGGGUAAGGAGAUUUCCUUCUAAUGUGUGAUUUUAUUUUCCUACCACUCUCUGUUUUUACAUAAAUUCUACGUUCAUAAUUUAUUAUUACUUUUAUUUUUACAGGCCUGUAGCUACUAAUGUAAAUCAUUGAAUUAUAUGAGAGAUUUCUUAUUCCUUGUAAAUUUGUUUCUCUAGUAUUUACAGUUUUGUUUUUAGUUCUAGUCUUAAAGUGUGUCUGUG